CGCGUCUGUACUCCAGUAUAUGCACUUUGUUGUAUCGAGCAGCUCUACGUUUCCGCAAGCACAAAUCAUUCGAUUUGUAUCAUAUUGUAUCAUAUGUUCUUUUAUUUUCCAAUGCCAAGUGAUAUCUGUCUCUCAAUUAUUGAAUAUUUCUAUUAGAGUGCGGAUAUCUCUAUUAGAGUGCGGAUAAAAAAAACUUGCAUUUACAUACGUAAAAUGUACGCAUCGUGUUCCUGUCAAUAAUCCUGUCAACAAAGUAUAACGAUCGCGUAUACUUUGGUUGAGUUCAUCGAGGUACGGAUAACCAUUUUGCGACCGCUGUAGGUUGUGCUUGGUAAACACGUACGAUUACUUGAAAACAGUGAAAAUGAGCUCGGGUUUUAUAUCGGAAGCCGAAAUCGCUGAACAACGGCGAAUGCGACAGGAGGAAUGGGAACGUGUACGGACUGCUGAUCAGCCUUUAGAAGCUCCAGAGGAAACUUACGAUCCUAGAUCCUUAUAUGAGAGAUUACAAGAACAGAAAAAUAAAAGAGACAUAGAAUAUGAAGAAGCUCAUAAAUUAAAGAACAUGAUCAAAGGAUUAGAUGAUGAUGAAGUAGAGUUUUUAGACUUGGUUGAUAGAACCAAGAUGGAAGAGGAACGUAAAAAGAAUCUUGAGGAAGAGAAAGAGAUGCGCGACUUUAAAGCUGCCGUUGCUUCUCUUCAAGAACAGAAAUUAAAUGAAAAGUUAAAGCAAGAAUUGAAGAAUCCGUCCGUCAGUAAAAAUACUGCCUGUGGAAGCUUUUUAUUUUUUUUUUUUGGUAGCCGCACUUCCCAGUUAAAGUUGCCUGCAGGUGUUGUAUUGAAACGAUCUGAUAAACAAAAGCAAGAUGCACUUAAAGGAAUAAAAAGAAAAUUGUCGCCAUCCGAAGAAGAUGCCAAUACUAGCAAAAAGAAAGAACUGCAUGCAUCUUGUGAACCAGUAGCAGAUACCUCUGUUUCUAGUCUCGAAUCAGAUAAACAAAACGAUAAGACUAUAGCAAAUAAAAUAAAUACGAGCGAUGAAUAUAAUGGACUUAAAUGUAUUGGCAUAUUACCUGGUCUUGGAACAUACGAUAAUUCUAGUGACAGUGAUUGUAGUUCUGACACAGAUCAAGAAACAGAACCAAACCCCUCCGUAUACGAUAUGUUAGGUCGAAAAAUAAAAUUGUUAAAAGAGAAGGAGAAAAGCUGAAUGAAACAUAUGUAAAUACAUACAAUAUAUGCAUGCUGUACGAAUGUAUGUAUGUACGUAUGACAAUAUUUGUGAAUAUAUAGAAGAGAAGAUAAUUAUUAUUGUACCACAAUUGAUUAUAUUUAAAACAUAUUACAUGUUUGAAUGUAAUCUUCCGCUACAUUUAGCGAAAAUACAUUUCCGUCUAAUUUUUA